CUCCUGCCGCCUUCUACAACAGACCUACACAAACUCAUCACCCUCACCUCACCUUCAUUCUUCUUACAUAACAUCAUACCAUUAUGACAGAUACAAACGAAGUCAAUGUUGAUUCAGUGAUCGAACGUUUACUCGAAGUUCGUGGAAGCCGACCUGGUAAACAAGUUCAACUGGGUGAACAUGAAAUCCGAUUCCUAUGUCAAAAAGCUCGCGAUAUUUUUAUGUCUCAACCUAUUUUGUUAGACUUGGAAGCUCCCAUCAAGAUUUGUGGUGAUAUUCAUGGACAAUAUUAUGACCUUUUACGACUAUUUGAAUAUGGUGGUUUCCCACCUGAUUCGAAUUAUCUUUUCUUGGGUGAUUAUGUAGAUCGUGGAAAGCAAUCUUUGGAAACCAUUUGUUUAUUGUUGGCUUACAAGAUCAAAUACCCGGAAAAUUUCUUCAUUUUACGUGGUAAUCAUGAAUGUGCUUCAAUCAAUCGUAUCUAUGGAUUUUAUGAUGAAUGCAAACGACGAUACAAUAUCAAAUUAUGGAAGACAUUUACUGAUUGUUUCAACUGUUUACCCAUUGCGGCCUUGAUUGAUGAAAAGAUUUUUUGUAUGCAUGGUGGUCUUUCUCCAGAUUUACAAAGCAUGGAACAAAUCCGACGUGUGAUGCGACCUACUGAUGUUCCCGAUACUGGUUUACUUUGUGAUUUAUUGUGGUCUGAUCCUGAUAAAGAUAUCAAUGGAUGGAGUGAAAAUGAUCGUGGUGUAUCAUUUACUUUUGGUGCCGACAUUGUAUCAAAAUUCUUACAAAAACAUGAUAUGGAUCUCGUUUGUAGAGCUCAUCAAGUAGUUGAAGAUGGAUAUGAAUUUUUUGCCAAGAGGCAAUUGGUCACCUUAUUCUCUGCCCCCAAUUACUGUGGUGAAUUUGAUAACGCAGGUGCUAUGAUGACAGUGGAUGAAACUUUGAUGUGUUCUUUCCAGAUCUUGAAGCCAGCGGAGAAAAGGACAAAGUACUAUGCAGGACAAAACGCUGCCGUUAGAGGUGGAAAAAAGAAUGCUGGAAAAUGAUUUGAAUAACAAUCUCCUUCUUUUACAUC